UGUAGGGAGACUCGGAGUUGCUGGGACCAAGCCGACUGGAGCCAUGAGGCGACCCCCGGGAAAUGGAGAGGUGGCCAGUGAAGGUCCAGGUGGCUGGAGCCUAUGGGGUCGACAGCAGCCCAGAAGGCUAGGCUGUGCCGGCCCCGACCACUGUGGGCAGGCCUUGCUGCACAUUGGGAUUAACAUGAUGGCACUGCCUGGAGGCCACCACCUGGACUCCAUCCCCCUGCCGGGUCAGCGGUUGCACCUGAUGCAGGUGGACUCAGUCCAGCGCUGGAUGGAGGACCUGAAGCUCAUGACCGAGUGCGAGUGCAUGUGCGUCCUGCAGGCAAAGCCCAUCAGUCUGGAGGAGGAUGCUCAGGGUGAUCUCAUCCUGGCAGGAGGCCCCAGCGCUGGAGACCCCCUGCAGCUACUGCUCAAGCGGGGUUGGGUCAUCAGCACCGAGCUGCGCAGGAUUGGGCAGAAGUUGGCUCAGGACCGCUGGGCACGUGUACAUAGCAUGAGCGUGCGUCUCACUUGCCAUGCCCGCUCCAUGGUCAGUGAGUACAGUGCUAUCAACAAGAACUCCUCACAGGAGAUGAGCCAGAUUGAGAAGAUGCUAAUGGAGAAAUGCUCGGAGCUCUCAGCAGUCACAGAGAGGUGCCUCCAAGUUGAGAACGACCAUGUCCUGAAGUCGAUGAAGGCCUGCGUGAGUGAAACCCUGAGCACCCUAGGCCAGCAUUUUGGCCAGCUGCUGGAGUUGGCCUUGACCCGGGAGGUGCAGGCACUGGUGAGGAAAAUUGAUACUUCAGACAAUAUCUAUACCACGGAGUCCACCACAGGGAACCUUUUCAGCUUGACACAGGAGGGAGCGCCCUUGUGCCGAAUAAUAGCCAAGGAGGGUGGGGUCAUAGCCCUCUUCAAGGUCUGCCGGCAGGACAGUUUCCGGUGCUUGUACCCCCAGGCGCUCCGCACAUUGGCCUCCAUCUGCUGUGUGGAAGAAGGUGUCCACCAGCUGGAGAAGGUGGAUGGUGUUCUGUGCUUGGCUGACAUCCUGACUGACGACAGCCACUCAGAGGCUACACGGGCUGAGGCUGCGGCUGUGGUGGCCCAGGUCACCUCCCCACACCUGCCCUUCACUCAGCACCUUAGCAGCUUCCUGGAAAGCAUGGAGGAGAUCGUGACAGCCCUCAUCAAACUGUGCCAAGAGGCCUCAUCUGGGGAAGUCUUCCUGCUGGCUUCUGCAGCCCUUGCCAACAUCACCUUCUUUGAUACCAUGGCCUGUGAGAUGCUCCUGCAGCUGAAUGCCAUCCGUGUUCUCCUGGAAGCCUGCAGUGACAAGCAGAGAGUGGACACGCCUUACACCCGGGACCAGAUUGUGACCAUCUUGGCAAACAUGUCUGUCCUGGAGCAGUGUGCCUCCGAUAUCAUUCAGGAAAAUGGGGUCCAGCUUAUCGUGGGCAUGCUGUCUGAGAAGCCAAGGUCUGGAAACCCUGCUGAGGUGGCGGCAUGUGAGCGAGUCCAGCAGAAAGCUGCAGUUACCCUGGCCCGUCUCAGCCGAGACCCAGAUGUGGCACGAGAGGCUGUGAGGCUGAGCUGUAUGUCCCGCCUCAUUGAGCUCUGCCGGUCACCGUCAGAGAGGAACAGCAGUGAUGCCGUGCUUGUGGCCUGCCUGGCUGCUCUGCGCAGACUGGCCGGGGUCUGCCCCGAAGGCCUCCAGGACUCUGACUUCCAGCAGCUGGUACAGCCCCGGCUUGUGGACUCCUUCUUACUCUGCAGCAACAUGGAGGAGAGUUUCGUGUAA